AGCUUUGAGCAUUCCCAAGACUGGGGGGGGCUGGGUGGGAGCGGGGGUGGAGCAUGAACCCAGGGAGGCCCAGCGAGAGCCUAGUCGUGCGGUGUCCUGGGAGGCCAUGGCCCAAGACCUUGGCAGACCAGCAUUGGAGAUGGGCAUCUUCCUCCAGGGCCACUGAUGUCAGCUCUGCUGGCAUGGAUGAUGGGGGUGGCUGGCGAGGGUGUCGCGUGGGCACGUGGGAGCCCAAGGCUGGCGGUGGGCUGUGCUCCAGGCCUUGCCUGGUUGACCGUGUCUUCGGGGUGAGUGACGCUCCGCAGACGCCGCAUGGAAUGCGGGGCCGGCUCCACUCCUUCCGUAAUGUGGUUUUUUAUAGUCGGGGGACUCAUUGUCCCGCGGCCACUGCCAGCUGUCUGUAAGCUCAGGAUUAGAGAGCCUGGCCUUUUGUGAGAGCUGGGGCUGGGCCGGCUGAGCCCUUCACAGGGAGGGGUGGACCACGGGGACAGGGAGCGACUGCCUGGCACUGAGUGAGCCAGCCAGCAGACAGCAUGACGGCCUUCUCAUUGCCUGCCCCCAGGGCCUGGUGUAGGCUCUCUUCUGCCCACCCUACCCAGCUUGGGGGCCCCACCCCAUCACGGCCCUCAUGAGCCUCUCGGGGCAUCCUCCUGGACGGCAUCGCAGCGGGCAUUGGCCUCCCCUCCAUGCCCCACCUCCAAUUCUGAUCAGGAGCACCCCUCACCCACAGCAGGACUGGAAGCUCUGUCGGGCCAGGAGGUGCACAGGGGGCCAGGGGACUUGGACUUGAGUCCACCUCGUGGCUGUGUGAUGGUGGACAGGUGGCGUGCCCUCUCUGGGCCUCAGUGUCCUUUUUGCUAAAGUAGGAAUGGUGCUGUCCCAUGACCCAGUUUGGGGACACUACGUGGAAGGAAGCAUCCACAGCACAAGGUGCCGCUCGCCCUCGUGUGCCCGGGGUGGCUGCCAAGGGGCCGGCAGCGUCGCCACGUGUCGGGGCUGGCCUGAGUUCCGUGUCCCUGGAAUCUACAGCCUGUGUUCCGUGAAGGCAGAGCAUGACUGGGCAGCAGGCAGUGGGGGUUCUAAUGCCGAGAUUUCCCUUCCCCCCGACUCCUGCCCGCCCCGGCGCCUUCCCUCCUGCGUACCUUUCUUUGGGCAAUGGGCAGAGGCCCCAGAGCGGGCGGGAUUCCUGUGAGGUGACGCCAGCCGGAGUGUCCAGCUGGGUGCAGCCAGCCCAGUGGCCCAUUCACGCGGCCGCCAGGGCUUCAUUCACCCCUGGCCGGGAGGGCAGCGCCCCCGUGACUCGCAGCUGGGGCUUCUCCACAGGUGGCGGCUGCAUCGCUCUGCCAGUGACGCUGGGCUGGUCCCCGGGGGCCCUCCUGCUGCUGUGGGGGUGCAGGGGUGGAUGCUGGCCCCAGGAUGCUGCACACGGCCUCAGGGCGGCACCCACACACUGGCAGCUCCAGCUUCCCCUGAAAGAUGACCGAGGAGGUGGGGAGGACGCGGUGCUGGCCAGCAUGUGUGGGCAGGUGCCGUGCCACACCUUUUACAAACAUCUGAAUGCAGCCCUCCCGACAGCCCGGGGGAAGGAAGUGCGGUCACAUGGCAGCCUUCCUGGGAUGUGACCCCAGCUCCAGGUGGCACAGCUCCCUUCUCCUGUGGCCUUGGAGCCCUGAGGGGACCCUACUUGAUGUCUCUGGGGUCUCCUGGCUGCUUCAUUUGCCCUCAAGACGGCUGUGGGGGUGGGGUCGCUGGGACCUUGGGGCAGAGGAGGGACUGAUCAAGUGCCUGCUGGGUGGCAGAGCAGCCACAUCCCCCCAUCCCCCCAAGCAAGCCCGGAAGGCAGGGGCUGGCGUCUUCUUCCUGUCCUCGGCCGAGGGGGAGCAGAUCAGCUUCCUGUUCGACUGCAUCGUCCGAGGCAUCUCCCCCACCAAGGGCCCCUUUGGGCUGCGGCCGGUUCUACCAGACCCAAGUCCCCCGGGACCCUCGACUGUGGAGGAGCGUGUGGCCCAGGAAGCCCUGGAAACCCUACAGCUGGAGAAGCGGCUGAGCCUUCUCUCACAUGCGGGCAGGCCGGGCAGUGGAGGGGAUGACCGCAGCCUCUCCAGCUCAUCCUCAGAGGCCAGUCACUUGGACGUCAGCACCAGCAGCCGGCUCACCGCAUGGCCAGAGCAAUCCUCGUCGUUGGCCAGCACGUCACAGGAGGGGCCUAGACCAGCAGCUGCCCAGGCUGCCGGGGAAGCCAUGGUGGGUGCCUCAAGGCCACCCCCCAAGCCGCUGCAUCCGCGGCAGCUGCAGGAGGUCGGCCGCCAGAGCUCCUCGGACAGCGGCAUCGCCACUGGCAGCCACUCCUCUUACUCCAGCAGCCUCUCGUCCUACGCGGGCAGCAGCCUGGACGUGUGGCGGGCCACAGAUGAACUGGGCUCACUGCUCAGCCUGCCAGCAGCGGGGGCCCCCGAGCCCAGCCUGUGCACCUGCCUGCCCGGGACAGUCGAGUACCAGGUGCCCACCUCCCUGCGGCCCCACUAUGACACACCACGCAGCCUUUGCCUGGCUCCCAGAGACCACAGCCCCACCUCGCAAGGCAGCCCUGGCAACAGUGCGGCCGGCGACUCAGGCGGCCAGACGUCUGCUGGGUGUCCCUCUGGCUGGCUGGGCACGAGACGGCGGGGCCUGGUGAUGGAGGCCCCCCAGGGCAGCGAGGCCACACUGCCUGGCCCUGCCCCCGGCAGGGAAACAGGCGGCCCCCACGCGGGGCCACCCCUGGCUUUCUUUUCGGCAUGUCCAGUCUGUGGAGGACUCAAGGGAGCGGCAGCCUCAGCCCCAGGACCUGCGACAGCACAUUCAGGAUCCCCAGGACCCGUGGCUGUGGACAGCUCAGGGCCAGAGAGGCCGCGCGGCGAGUCGCCCACUUACGUGAACAUCCCCGUCAGCCCGUCCUCCAGAAAGCAGCUGCACUACAUGGGCCUGGAGCUCCAGGAGGCCAGCGAGGGUGUCCGAGGGGCUGGCGCCUCCCUCUACGCCCAGAUCGACAUCACGGCCACCGAGACGGCGCACAGAGUGGGGGCGCGGCACGCACGGGCCCGGGAGGAGCAGCUGUCGGAGCUGGAGCAGAGGAAGGCAGCCCCGCAGUGAGGUCACAGCGCCAGGAGCUCACCGCAAACCCGGUGCGCUGUGCGGCCCCGUGGCCCCCGGCAGGCCGGCCCCUUCUGUUGGCCGUGGUCUGGUCCCCAGGGAGCCCCCAGUCGCAGGAGCAGGCAUGGCCGGUCUCCGGGCCAUGGUACAAACAGGAAGUUUUCAGGGCCCACGGCCAGGCCUCCUGCCUCGCAGGUGUCCGGGGCUGACCCUUCCUUCGGCCUGAAAGAGUUGCUCUGGACCCCAGGCCGACUGAGGCCCUGCUUCCAGGCAUCAGGCAGCUCUGGUCGCUGCUGUGGCGUCUCAGGCAGAGGCUGCUGCCCAGGAGUUUGGGAGCAUGGUUUGUGGUGCCUGGGAUGCAAACUGCCCUCUCACCCUGGGGGUGACUGCACGGAUGACAGCCGUGUCCUGGCAAAAUGCUCAUCCCUUCACCUGGGUGUUGCGGCCCUGCAGAGCCAGGACCCAGUGCCCGCUCCCACUGUCGGCACCAUGCCCGCUCCUGAGACUGGCGGCUCAGACACUCCCGGCAUCCCCUCCCCGCCUCCCGGCUGUCCUGCCUGGGCCACCACCACCCUGCACCUGGGGACGGAGCCUGGACUCUCCCAGCCACCUGACCGCUCCACUUCUUGGGACCUAUUACAGCCAGUCAUGUAAAGAGCCAUUGUGACUGUUCUGUUUCUGACAAUGCCUAUUUUCUCUCUCCUGGUUUCUGCUCCUGGACAUGGGUCUGAUGUCUUCACCUGGGGGUGCUCGGGGUUGGGGCGAGCAGAGCUGCCUUCCUUGGUGGCACGGGGUUGGGGCUUCCUCCUGUGUCGGUGCGGUGCUGUGGCUUGGGAGUGGGUGAGGUGACGGGGCUAUGUGCAUAGGUGGUGGGCGUCCUGCAUGCCCCCAACCCCUGUGGCAGGAGGAAGCACCAGGCGGGCCCCCUGCCUUGCUCCUGGAGAUGGGGCUCUCUGCUCUGCAUGGCUCCAUCCGUAUUCGUCCCUUUCUUUCAUCUUCCUGCCCGUCCUUCCCCCGCCCCUCCCCCAGGAGCCCACCAAGGACCCAGAGAGUCUGUGGUUGGCCUGCCCCGGGUAUGGCAGGCAGCUGCCACUGCUGCUCAGCGGGGCCCUCAGUGGGCAGGCUCAGAGCACUGGCCCUCCUGGCGCCCCCGCUCUGCAUGUGACUGCUGAGGACACUUGGCGUCAAGGUGGCAGGAUGCAGGGUCAACCGGAGCCAGCUGGGGCCAGGACAGAGAUCUCCCGCUUAGACGCAAAGGCCCUGGGGAGCAUUCUGACAGACAGGGCAGGGCUGGGCUCUCAGCCUGGAGGGUCCAUGGACAAGACUUUCAGCUGCAAGUUGGGGCAAGGCAUGGCCUGCACCCUGAUCCAGGGCUGCAGCCAUGUCGGGCCCUUAGGGUGGCAGAGUUGAGAUGUCCACCUCCGGGGCGGGCCACAUGCACCAGCUCAGACACGCAACCUGGGUGGCACAGCCCCACCCCUCCCCAUGACCCUAGCUUGCUGGAGCUCAGGCUUCCUGUUCACAAAGUGGGAGAAAGGGUCAAACCCUCUGCUGCUGAUGGGAUCGUGGGGCUGUGGGGGCGGGUUUGGAGCCUAGACCCAGUGUGUCUGGGUGUGCCUUGGGCCACAUCCUCUCGGCACGAUGGAGUGGCCAGGCCAUGUCCUGAGGAAAUGGCCACAUGAAGAG